AAUUCGGCUGAGCUGUUCUGGGAGGUCCGCGAGGGCAGAGCGCAUCUCCCGGGCUCAUCUUUCUCGGGACUGGAGGGUCCGACCCGGGGGUCCCGGCCUCUUUCCUGAGGCCCUGCCUGGUCCGGGUCUCUGGGCUGGUUACGGCCAUGAGUGUGCCCCGCAGUGACGGGGAUUUGGGGGCUCGCCUCCACCCGGAGACACGGUGGGUCUCGAGCCCGGGUUCUCCUCCGCCCUGGUCUCAGGCCGCGUCAGCCUGGCCUGACCUGAGUGGUCCUAUGUGGGUCCUGUGGGGUGUGCUCUUGGAAGCGGGGCUCGGUCCCUCAUCACCUCCAGGAAGUCCAACUGGAGGAAGCAGGGCUCUGAGUCUGUGCAAGUAUUUCGAGAGACAAAAUGUGGAUUUUCGAGGCAAGAAGGCGGCGUCCCUGCUGCUGCCCGCGGCCCCGCUGCGGCGCACGUUCCACGUCGGCCCCUGCUGCCCUUCCUCCUCCGGCAAGGAGCUCCUCAUGAAGCUGCGGCGGAAAACGGGCUACUCCUUCGUAAACUGCAAGAAAGCUCUGGAGACGUGUGGCGGGGAUCUUAAGCAGGCAGAGGUCUGGCUCCACAAGCAGGCCCAGAAGGAAGGCUGGAGCAAAGCUGCCAAGCUGCAUGGGAGGAAGACUAAAGAAGGCCUGAUCGGGUUGCUACAGGAAGGAAACAUAUCUGUAUUAGUAGAAGUAAAUUGUGAGACAGAUUUUGUCUCCAGAAAUUUAAAAUUCCAACAGUUGGUCCAGCAGGUAGCUGUGGGAACCUUGUUGCAUUGUCAGAGCCUGAAGGAUCAACUCUCCACACACAGUAAAGGCUUCCUGAACUCCUCUGAGCUUUCUGGGCUUCAAGCUGGGCCAAACAAAGAAGGCUUUCUCAAGGAUCAUUUGGCAUUAGCAAUUGGGAAACUAGGAGAAAACAUGAUUCUUAAGCGAGCUGCCUGGGUGAAGGUGCCAUCUGGCUUCUACGUUGGCUCUUAUGUCCAUGGAACGAUGCACAGCCCUUCACUCCACAACCUGGUGCUGGGGAAGUAUGGGGCCCUGGUCAUCUGCGAGACAUCUGAGCAGAGUACAAACCUGAAGGACCUUGGCCGCCGCCUGGGGCAGCACGUGGUGGGCAUGGCCCCUCUCUCUGUUGGCUCCCUUGAUGAUGAGCCUGGAGGAGAGGGAGAGACCAAGAUGCUGUCUCAGCCAUACCUGCUGGACCCCUCCAUCACACUGGGACAGUAUGUGCAGCCCCAAGGGGUGUCUGUGGUGGAUUUUGUGCGGUUUGAAUGUGGAGAGGAUGAAGAGGCAACUGAGGCUGUAUAGUUUACUGGGACUUUAGGGAGGAGGAAAUUUAUUUUUAGCUUUGGACAUCAUUACAAAAAGAAGUCAUUUUCUACGCCUCUUCAGCCCCUGAAUUUGGCUUUCUUUUGAGUUUAUAGUGAAAUUAUAUACUCAUGGAUAAAGUGAUUAAAUAGUUGUAUAAUAAAGUAAAUUUUUUUGUUUGCAUAA